AUGGGUGCCGUCACCAAAAUGUACAUCAUGCGCAAGUAUUAUUCAGCAAAAUCAUCAACCUAUAUUAAAAAUGGUACAGCGUUUUCAAUUAAAUACGGUAUGGGCACUGCCAAAGAGUAUCUCAGCACCGAUACACUAAUCAUAGGCACCGGUAAAGUACAUAAUCAGACAUUUGCACAGAUGACUUCAGUACCCGGUCCGGCGUUUGUGCUGGGUGGUUUUGAUGGCAUAAUUGGUAUGGCUUACCAACAGCUUUCGGUAGACAAUGUAGUCACAACGUUUCAGCACAUGAUAGCACAGGGAGUGGUGUCGGCGCCGGUCUUCUCCUUUUAUCUGAACCGAGACGUGAAGGGAAGGCCCGGCGGAGAGCUUAUACUCGGCGGCUCUGACCAUAAUCAUUAUACCGGUAACUUUACGUACGUGCCGAUGACCCGAAAGGGCUAUUGGUAA